AUGUUCGGGCUGUGGUUCGCGCCCCACUCUGAACAGUCGCCCCCUGUUUGCAGUGCGGGCCGUGGCUCCAGCAGUCCCAGCACCGCCACGCGGCCACUCGGCGACCCCGGACGCUCUCCUGCCGCGGCUGCCCGCCACACUCCGCCGCCACCAGAUGCGGCCGUCUCUCGCCUGCGGAGCCUCUCUCAACAGGAGAGAGGGAGGAGGCUGAUACAGGCGGCCAGGCAGGGCGCGGCGGAGCAGCUGCGCGAGUUGCUGGCGGCGGGGGCGGGCGUGGGGGCGAGGGAGUCUAGCAUCAAGCGGACCGCCCUGCACGUGGCAGCACGCGGGGGUCACGUGGCGGCGGCCAGCUGCCUCGUCGGCGCCGGCGCGGAGGUCGACGCCAGGGACAGCUGUGAGCAGUGGACGCCCCUGCACUGGGCUGCAUACAAUGGCCACGCUGGUGUGGUGCGGCUGCUGGUCGGCGCCUCUGCUGACCCCAACACCAGGGCUCUGUGGGGGCGGACGCCGCUGCACUGGGCGGCACUGUGGGGCCACUCAGAGGCGGCGGCUGAGCUCCUGCUGGCGGGGGCGGACAGGGGGGCCCAGGAUGGCAACGGCAGGACCCCCCUGGACCUCGCCAGGCAGAACAGAAAGCAGGAGCUGGUGGAUAUGCUGAGACAAGGCUGA